AUGGCUAGCAUUUUGUUUCUUCUGCUACUAUACAUCUGCUUCCUGAGCUUCACCACAGCCCAGACCAAGAAACAUGUAUCAACCGACCUAUUUAACUCCCUGGAAGAGUUAUCCCGGCUAGUGGAUAUUUCAUACUGCGUCGGAACAACAGGAGUACAGCAGCCAUUCCAGUGCCUCAGCCGCUGUAUCGAGUUCCCCGAUCUAGAGCUAGUAACCGUGAGUCACCUACAAGCCCUCAUCUCCACAAGACACACCCCCACUAACCAAACCCAACCCACCCCGCAGACCUGGAACACAGGCGUCCUCCUCUCCGACUCAUGCGGCUACAUAGCCCUCUCCCACACCCCGACCGCUAAACAAAUCAUCCUCGCCUUCCGCGGCACUUACUCAAUAACUAACGCAAUAAUCGACCUCUCCGCCUAUCCCCAAGCCUACAUCCCCUACCCAGACCCGGACGAAAACACCACAACCACAAUCCCCAUCCCCGCAGGUCCGCACUGCAAAAACUGCACCGUCCACGCAGGCUUCAUGCGCUCAUGGCUCCACACCCGAACAGAAAUCCUCCCCGCCAUGUCCGUCCUACGCCAAAAAUACCCAGAUUACUCUAUAACACUAGUCGGCCAUUCCCUCGGCGGUGCAGUCGCAGCGCUAGCCGGGCUAGAGAUGCGUCUGAAGGGCUGGGAUGCAACGGUGACGACAUUCGGGGAACCGAUGAUCGGGAACGCGGCGUUCGCGGCAUUCCUCGACGAACAGUUCGGACUCGGGGAUGGGAUAUCGAUCCCACCACUAGAGGGGGGUCAGCGAUUCCGUCGUGUCACGCAUAUCCGGGAUCCGGUUCCUAUGUUGCCGCUUGCUGAGUGGGGAUAUCGGCCUCAUUCUGGGGAGGUUUUUAUUACGAAAGAGGAGUUGCCGCCGCGGAGGGAGGAUGUGGUUCAUUGUUCUGGUGCGGAGGAUCCUGGGUGUAUUGCGGGUGAGGGGGGUGAGGGGGUUUUGGUGCAGUUGUAUCGGGAUUUGAAUGUUCCUGUUGGGUUGGCUGGUUCUGCUUCUAGUGGGGAGGGGUGCCAGUCGAGUGGUGAUGGUGGUGACGAUGUGUCUGAGGAGCAGGCUGUCUUGGGACGUGAUAUUGCCGAUUGUGAGAAUAAAUUAUCGCUUCUCAGGUGGGACUGGUCUCUUAUACCGGCGAGAUAUCGGCUUUGGGAACUGUUUUAUGCUCAUCGGGAUUACUUUUGGCGGAUUGGUCUUUGUGUUCCCGGGGGAGAUCCAACUGGAUAG